AUGGCCUCACGCCUUUAUUCGAUCUACGGCGCUUUUAGUCUGUUCUCGUCGGUAGCUUUCGCGGCUUCGUUGACGGGGUCACGGUUGCUGGUGGUCUUGGAGGACACGGAACAGAAAGAGAGCUACUCACAAUUUUUUGGGGAUCUAGAAGCGAGAGGUUAUGAACUGAAGUUUGAGUCGCCAAAGACUGAGGGCUUGUCUUUGUUCACCCAUGGGGAACGGGAAUAUGACAAUCUGAUCCUUUUCCCGCCGAAAUCAAAGGGCUAUGGACCAGCACUUACACCACAACUGCUCCUGCAGUUCGCAAAUCAGGAAGGAAACAUCUUGAUCCUCACAUCACCUAAAGGCAUACCCGAGCAAACCCGCGAAUUCGCGCGAGAGCUUGAAAUAAACCUUCCUCCGAAGGACUACCUCGUCGUGGACCACUUCUCACACGACACGCUGUCAACAGAGAAGCAUGAUAUGGUAAUCGUGAAGCGCCCAGAGGUGUCCACAUUUACACAAAACUACUUCUCCCCCUCCUCUUCAUCCACAGAAGACAUAAUUGCCUACCGCGGGGUUGGACACACCCUUGGAAAUGGACCACUGCUCAACCCGAUUCUGACGGCGGGGAGGACAAGCUAUGCGUAUGACACGAUUGAUGAUGCUGUAUAUGCUGAGGACCCAUGGAGCGCUGGCAGCCAAUUGCACCUUGUCUCGGCUCUGCAGGCGAGGAACAAUGCCCGCAUUACGAUUUCUGGAAGCGCCGAGAUCUUCUCGGAUGUCUUCUAUGGUCUCAAUGUCAAACCGCCCGGCAGUGCCAAGAAAGUCAAGGUUGCGAACCGUGCGUUUGGAAGGGAUGUCACUGCAUGGACAUUCAAGGAGACUGGUGUUGUCAAGGUUGUUGGCAUCAAGCACUACCUUACCAACGAGACCGACGCGCAGAUCAACCCCCGUCUUUACAGGAUCAAGAACGAUGUCACUUUCGAGAUUGAGCUUGCUGAGUACAAGUCUGACCACUGGGCGCCCUUCACUGUCCCUGCCGAUGACGCCCUCCAACUCGAAUUCACCAUGCUAGACCCCUACCACCGCAUCUCACUCACUCCCUCAGUCUUUUCUCCCAACUCAACUACAUACUCCACCAGCUUCAGGAUCCCCGACCAGCACGGAGUGUUCGCCUUCCGUGUCAACUACAAGCGCCCCUUCCUCAGCAAUGUUGAUGAGAAAUACACCGUCACCGUGAGACACUUUGCGCACGACGAGUACACCCGCAGUUGGGACAUCUCGGGCGCGUGGGUAUGGAUGGCGGGUAUCGCGGUUACAGUUGUUGGUUGGGUAGCGUUCUGUGCGUUGUGGCUGUGGAGCGCGCCCGCGACAGAGGUAAAGAAGGGGAAGAAAAGUCAGUAG